AUGGCUGCUGUUGUUUAUGAAGAACUUGACAACGCUAAAGCGGAGAUUGAAAGGCUCAAGAAGCAAUACCAAGUCAAAGCAGAAUUAGCCGAAAGCUUAAAGAGAACCCACAGUGACCAACUAAGCAAGAACAAGGAAGCCUGCUCAAAGCUCGAAAAGCUAGCUCGAGAGCUUGAUCAAAAGGAUGACGAGAUUUCUAAUGCGAGACAAAUUUACGAGGGUCUAAAGUCUAUUUUGGCUGAAAAGGAAGCCAUCAUAAGGCAUCUCUCAUCUUCCCAUGAGAAACUCCGACUCGACUGUAAUGAAAAGCUUAAAAGAUGUGAAGAUGAGAAUAAAGCACUAGCAUUGGCUUUGGAUGAUGCAGAUGGCAAAAACAUAGAGCAAGAACGGCAGAUUUGCACACUUAAGCAAGAAAUUGAAGGUGCUAAACGUCUUUUCACAUCGUCUGUGAAGAAGUGCUCGGAACACGAGAACAGGACAAUAGCUUCAGAAAAAUAUGAAGCAAGGGAGGAUGAGUUUUUCAAAUUGGACGAGGAAAAAAGAAAUUUCGAAGACCAGCUGAAAUGGAAAAGGGAACAGUUUGUCCAUUUGCAAGAAGCCCAUGAAAAGCUUCGGAAUGAAUAUAAAACAAGAGAAAAGGAGUGGGAAAAGGAUAAAACUGCACUCCUUGACGGGAUUUCGUCUCUACAGACAAAUUUGGAGUCUCAAACUAGAAUUUCAAGGGAUCUUGAGCGCAGGCUUGAAAUGUGCAAUCAGGCCCUAGCUCAUGCAGAAAGCAAGCGAAAACAAUUGGAAGUUCAACUUUCGGAAUCAAGAACGAGUUUUGACAGCGUUUGUGCAGAAUAUGACGAAGCCAAGUUGAAUUUCGAGAACUUGACCAUUCAAAGGGAUAAAGAAAUUGGAAAUCUGAGAAGCUCUUUGGGCACAAAGGAGAUACUUUACAAAGAAAUGGAGUAUCAGUUUAAGAAAUCUGAGCUAGAAAAGCAAGAGCUGUUGGCUUCCUUAAAGGAACUCCAAGACGAACAAAUUCGGGAGGCGGGAUUCUCUCAUUCGUCCUCUAAGCUUCAAAACAAGCUGAAAUCUUCCCACAAAGGGUGCUUAACAAGUCUCAAGGCUAAAGAGUCUGAAUGGCAGGCUCAAAGGGAGAAACUGAUAGACGAACUAAAUUCUUGCAGGGGGGAAUUGAAAAACAAAGAUACAUCAUUGAGUGAGCUCAGUCGAGAGCUUGAAACUUGCGAUUCUUUGAUAGUCAAGCUGGAACUAAUGAAUCAGGAAACCUCUCUGCUCCUAUUGGUCCUGAAAUCGGAAUUUUCGGAACUUGCUGAGAACAAAAGUUGUUGCCUGAAUGUGAAGAACAAAGAUAUGCAUGAUCACAUGCAUGAGUUAGUCAAGCAGUUGGAUAAAAAGAAGGCGGCUGUUGAUUGCAUCCAGAAAGAUCUCGAGGAUGAAAGAGCGGAAGUCGUGAAUUUGUCUGAAAAGGUGAAAACCCUGGAGAAUCUGCAACUUCCUCUGCAGAAAGAGGUGGAAAGGCUCAAGGGGAUGCUUGAGGAAUCAGAAAAGUGCCGGAUUCAAUUCGAAGAGCAAUUAGUAAAAAUACAAUGCGACCUUAAACAGGCCCAUGAUGCUCUCGACAGAGCAAAUGAAGAGCUUUGUGAAAAAUACUCCGAGGCAAGUGAAAUCGAAUAUGAACUGCAGAUAUGGAAAUCGAUUGCCGAACAAAUGGAGGUCAACCUCAAACAUAACCUUCAGAUUCGCUGCGACGUCGAAGCUUCCCUUUUCUCACAAAUGGAGGUUGAGAUGAGUCUCAAGCAAGAAAGAGAAAACCUCAGCCGUACACUCGAAGAGAAAGAGAAACAAAUAGACGAUCUCAAGCAACGGGUCAAUGAAGCCACGACUGAUUUGAAAACGGUUGAAGAAGAAAAUAAUACUGCAGAAGAAGAAAAUGAGGCGGAAAGAACUUUUUACCGACUAGUGGAGGAGAAGGAUCAGAGGAUAUACGAGCUGCAGCAGCUCGUGGCAUCCUUGGAAAAGGAGUUCGAGAGCUCAACCUUGUCUUUUUCUUCCAAAUUGUCGAAAAUGCAGAGAGAGCGAAAUGUAUUGAGUGAAUCAUGGGAAAAAGUCAAAUCGGACGAGGUAUUGAAGGAGAUGGAAGUUCAGGAGAAAAAUGGUGUGAUCAUGGAGCUAGAAAACGACCUGCGAAUCCUACGGCAAAGGGCGGACGAGCAGGAGAAAGAACUUUUUAGUUCCAAAAAGAAAAUACGCGAAAUUCGAGCCGAGCUGGAAGCCAACAUUAGGGAUUCGGAGAAAACAAUUGAGAAGUUAUCAUCCGAAAACGAGAAGCUGGAGAGCAUGAUCAGUCUGCUGUCUGAAAAAAUGGAUCAGUAUAAUACGGAGGAGGACUUGAAGCUGAUGGAAAGCUUAGGAAAGAUUGUGGCAGGUUUCGAAAUCUCGGGUGGUGAUGUUGUUGAUGAUGAUGAUGCAGUAAAGGAGAAUGUGAAUAUUGUUUUCUCAUCGCCACUGAUGAAAAAAGUCGAGGCCGCCCGUGAUGAGAGGUCACCGUUGAGAGCUAUCAACUGUUGA